GUCACUGUCACUGUCAUUAUUAAAAAAACAAGCGAAGCGAUUUUUGCGCACGAUGGCAGACCCUCGAAUUCGCCAAAUUAAAAUCAAAACCGGCGUCGUGAAGCGCAUUGCUAAAGAGAAAGUGGUUUAUGAAAAGGAGGCUGAGCUACAAAGGAACAGAAUACAGAAGAUUAAAGACGAAGGUCAGGACGAGCACAACAUCCGAAAACAGGAGGAGGUUCUGCAGGAGUCCCUUAUGAUGGUCCCUGAUUGUCAAAGAAGGUUAGCAAAAGCUUUCGCUGAUCUCAAGAAUACUCUAGAAACAGAGCAGGAUCUCAAGGAGCACGAGGACUACCUAGCAGCUCAGCAAGUGCUAAAAGACGCCGAGUGCCAACUUGUCGCUGCCUCAUAAACUUUUA